CCGCGAAGUCACCAACUCACCUUUGGAGUCUCUCGGAACUUUAUACUACCAUCAUCACUACUCCUUUUUCCAAAUACAUGCCUCCGAAGCAUGCAAGAGGGACUACAGCAAAAGCAGACACCUAACCGUCGCCGUCAGGGCGGUCGGAGUCGCAACACCCCCAAACAGACGACCUAUGCUUCUGAGAACGAUGUUCCCAGAUACAAAUCCGGCCAUGAUGGCAACCCUACCACACCCGUCUCAGAAGCAGUCGAGGUGUUGCGUGCCAGUUCGACAAGUCAAAAACAGCGCAGCAAAAAGAAGAAGAAGAACAACAACAACAACAACAAACAGCCCAACGCGAACGAUGGAGCUGUUUCGCCGGGCCGAAACAACCCAGACCCUUCGAGUCCCCCGGCUCCUAUAUUCGCAGGCUCCACAUUUCAUGCCUCGCCUGCGCCGUCAGCACUGCCAAUUCCGAGCUUCCUCAAUAAAUCGGAGCCCGAUUCCCCGGGGAUAAAAGCUGCUUCGAGCCCAGAACAAGAGCUUUCUUGCACGACAUCCGACUCGGACGAGGCCAGCUCUCCUAGUCCGAUCACGCGGGCCACCGAGUCGCCCUUGGAGCUCUUCUUCCGUGCUGACCGAGCCGAGAGAGAGAAGGCCGGAGGACGCCGCGCUAGUUCUUUUCACGCUGCUGCGAUCAAUAUGGGUUCGCCCUCACCAUCUCACCAAUCUCCAAAAGGAUUUUAUACAUACCCCCCCUUAGGAGCGACACCCAACCAGACGCGCCGCCCUCAUUAUCAAAAGCGUGCUACCGUCUUGGGCAUUUCCGCGGAUGAGCUGGACGGAAAUCCUGGUGAACCAGUCGGGCCAGCCUUUUCCACCCCCUACCAGGAGCGCAUGCGAGCUGCUCGAUCAAGCCAAUCCUCCGCACGGUCUACCAACAAAGUACUUCAGAGCCAGGACGUUAAUCAUUACGAUGAUCUCAAGCGUUAUCUCUUUACGGGUCGGCUAGAUGGUAACGAGGAAUCCUCACGACAACUUUCCGGCCCACCAAGUCAAAUUGAUCAGAAUCAUUCUCCGCAACACCACAAGCCAUCUAAACAAAUACGGCCUUCUCAGGGUCAAUCUCCACAAUCCCCACCACGUCAUUUACCUCGCGGCAUGUUUCCCAUGUCGGUUCUGACGGCUAGCGCGCAAAACGGGCAAACCACAGCUCCGCCUGUAGAUGCGCAACUCACGUCCUACCGCCCCGAUGAAGUUACUUCGAUGGAAGAUGAAUUACGUCGGAUACUCAAACUUAAUUCGAGCCAUGCCCUAUCGUUACAUUAACCGACUUUACUUUCCUCUGUAAGCUAGUAAGCUGAGACUCUCAAACCGGUGUUAUAGGC